AGGCGUGUGAUGAAUAUGGUGGCAUCCGUUUUUCGACUUCGAACAGAUGAUGGUAAUGGACGCGCGCAGUUCUUCGCGAGUGAGCCAGUUGUUUUCUCGAAGCUGGAUGAAAAUAACGCUAUUAAUUUGGGCGCUUCUUUAGAGGUACGUUUUUUGUGA